AUGUCUCUCUCCAAAGUCAGCCAAGUCACCCUCACCUUGCAAGAGAAGCUCGACUUCCUCCCAGCCCUAGCAUCCAUCCUGCUAGCCGGAUUCUACGCCCUCCUAACCGGUCUAUGGCGCACCGAGCGCCAAGCAAAGACACUGUUCCUGCAUCUGGGAUACGCAGUAUUCCGCAAAGCAACAGCGCGCCUAACCCCAACCCAGCUACAAUACGUGUCGCCGCCUUCACACAAGAUCUAUGAACUGCACACCAAGAAGACCAACACACCGGAUCAAUCCGUCGAACUCGCCCACGGCGCACUAGGCCACUGGAUCGGGGAUCGCAAUGCCGACAACGUCCUCGUGUGGUAUCAUGGGGGUGGGUUCGGCCUACCGGCCAGUAUGGGCCACUUCAAAUUCUACGCACAAUUGAUAGCCGACCUGCACGCCCGCGGCAAGACCGUCGCCGUCUUCAGCUUGACAUACACGCUCUCCCCAGUGGCGACGUAUCCAACCCAGCUCCGACAGGCCGUUGAAUGUCUGCGCCACGUCCUGGCCCAGCCAACCCGCUCCCCGUCAACGGUCUUCAUCGGCGGGGACUCCGCCGGCGGGAAUCUCGUCGGCGGCGUGCUCUCCCAUCUGGCACACCCACACCCGGAAAUCGCUCCGCUCGAGCUAUCCACCCGGCUGGGCGGCGCAGUCCUGGUCGCGCCGUGGACGCUCAUGGAUGCAGAGUUCCCGGAUCGGGUUAUCUACCACGGCGGGGAUCUCAUUACCCAGGCUGUUGCGCGGCCGUGGUCGACUGCGUACCUUGGCCGUGCAAAGCGUGAUUAUUAUACUGAUUUGUCGACGGCGCCGGUGGAUUGGUAUGCGAGUUUCCCUGUGGAAGCGGUGCUGAUCACCGCGGGCGGGAAUGAGAUUAUGUUACCGAUUAUUGAGGAGUUCGCGGCGAAUUUCAAGGAGGGCUUUGGGAAGGUUGAGUUGUUUGUUGGGCAUCGAGAGUGUCAUGUGGCGCCGGUUUAUAAUUUGGAGUUGGGUUCGACGGAGAAAACGCAGCAGGGGAAGAAGGUGGAGGCGUUUUUGACGGAGAUGAUGGUUUGA